GGUGGGGGUGCAGGUUCUCCUGUCUGCAGAGACUCUCUCCAGACUCCUUCCUCAUUUCUCCACUGGAAGGUCAGUGAGGCCUGCCUGGAGUCUGAAAUAUCGUUGCCCCCACGCCCACUUCGGCCAAACAGAGAUGCUCAGACUGAAGGGCGGAUGGGGUAAGUAGGGCGGGGCAGAAGUAAGACUGAAGAAGUAGUGAAGGUCUGAGACCCCCUGUUAGUGACCCUGCUGCGUCACGGCAGGGGUCUGGCUGGAGCGGGGCAGGGUGGGGCAGCCCCUGCUGGGUGGGUCGCUGGGUGCGGCCCUUGGCUCCGCCCCCCGGCGCGGUGGGAAGUCGAAGCUGAGCGUGGCGAUUGUGGCGUGGUGCUGCGGGUCAGCUGACCCGCCACGCCGCGGCUGCCAGUCUCUGCUCUGGUCUGAUGUGGGUCUGGACCCGCUCACGGUCCCGAUGUGUAGCCGAUCCCAGGCUGAGAUGGAGCAGGAGGCCGAGGGGCUGAGCCAGUGGCAGGCGGCUCAGCAGCAGCUGGAGGAGGAUGCUGAGAAGUUAAUGUCCAUCUUGGACAUGUCUCCGUCUCCUGGAAGCAGUGGCGUGCACACCUCUUGGAACCAUGGCCCGCCAGUCAUUCAACACGUCCCUCAGUGCACAGAGCUGGAGAGGAUCCCCUUGGUCUUUGCCGAGGCACCUAGGCAGAAUGAGAAUGAAAUGGGGCCGCAGUUUAGUAUGUCGCUACCUGAGCAUGGUGUGAGCUACUACCCCCAAGUGACUCUUACUCCUUCCCAGAUGAUUUACUGUCGGGGAGUGUCUCCCUCCCAACCAGGAAUGAUGAUUUUCAAGGAACCCCAGACGAUGCCUUUAGGAGAGCCCGGUAUUCCAGGGGUGGCCAUGCCCUUCAGUGGGAAUCUAAGGAUGCCUCCCAAUGGGUUAGUCCCAGCUCCUAGUGGAACCUCAACAAUGUCCCACAUCAGGGCAUCAACCAUGCCUUAUUCUGGCCCCCCAACAGUACCUUCUAACAGAGACUCUUUAACACCUGAAAUGUUAUUGUCCCCAACCAUGCCUUCCACUGAGGUCCAGGCAACACUCCCCUCCUUGGCUCAGAUGUUACCUGCUAGAGAUCCCCACGACCUUGGGAUGUCCCCAGCUGGCUCCCCAACAUUGCUGGCAUUAGAAUCCCAGGACACUCUUGUGAGCCAGCCAGCCUCCCAGGAAGACCUCUUCCUACCCAAGCAGCCCUUACUUGCUCUGCAGAGAGCAGAGCAGAAUUUCAGACCCCAGGAAAGGGCUCCCAGGAGGAGAUCCCCGGUUUCAAGGCCUUACCACUGUCAGUAUGAGAACUGUGGAAAAGCAUAUACUAAGCGCUCCCACCUUGUGAGUCACCAACGCAAACACACAGGUGAGAGGCCCUAUAAAUGCACAUGGGAAGGCUGCACGUGGUCUUUCUUUCGUUCCGAUGAGCUUGGACGACACAUGCGGAUACACACCAGAUAUCGACCGUAUAGAUGUGAUCAGUGCGGCCGACAGUUCAUGAGAUCUGACCAUCUCAGGCAACACCACAGGACUCAUCUGCAGGUGCUAGGAUCCUCAGACGCACAGGCCAGCAAUGGACAGAUGCCUGGUCCUCCUGCUCCUGGUCUUUAGUACAGCUAAUGGGGAGACCUCCCAAGCAGCCAGUGACACACCUGCUGUGACUCUUGGAUGUUAGUCAUGAAUCAGGACCCAACCUGCUGUCAGCUUGCAUUACCCCCAGCUCUUCCCUGCCCUAGCUUCCCUUUUCUCACUCUCAAUGCCUUGGGUUUGCACCACCCAAAUAAAACAUCAGUACUUUGUUCUCUUUUUAGGCUCUGUUUCCUAGUGACUUUGGGGUGGAGGACAUUAGAGUGGGGCAGAGAAGGACAAACCCCACUGUAACUUCCCCUGCUCCCCAACCCCAAGUCCAGUUACCUGGACUUCCACAUACCAGGUGUUAAAGGCCCUGUCCUGCCCUGCUCCUCCCCCAAGGGUAAGGGCAUAAUAACUAUCCUGGUCAUCAGCCAGCCAGUUAAAAACCUCAUUUCUGGACUUAGCAGCCAAUCAUUUUAUUGACCGGCAACUAAUAGAAAGGAACUUGCGCAAGCUCUCAAGUGGCAGAGCUGGGAUCCCAACCAGACUCUGUCUACUCCAGAGAAGAUGCCUUUUACAGGUGUUGCCUGCACCCAGUCCAGUGCCAAGCACUGCCAGGAGAUGGCCACAGAAGGAUGGUCAGGUCUGGUUCCCGUGGUGAAGGAACCACCUUGGUCUAGGGGCUGAGAGGUGCACGUAAGUACAGUGGCCAUGGGGAGGAGGUGCUCCAAUGGGGAAGGUCAGGCUUUCUGGGGAAGUGAACCUUGAGUGAGUGUGUGUAACAUCUAGUAAUCCCUUGAAUGUGGAAAUAAACUGAGUAGGUGAAUGAAGAGGAAAGAGCAUUCCAAGCAGAGAGAAUGCUGGACCUGGCAGCUGCUCAGAGAGUCAACCUGAAAGCUUCCACUCAUUUGACAAGUGUUCUUUGAGCCCACAAUACACAGAACACCACCGCUAUGGGAACUCACAAGGGGCACAGAGACGAGGAAAGGAUGUGUCAGAGAAGAAAGACUUGUCAAGGAGGCGCCUGAGUCACAGCUGAGGGCUCACGGGGCUUAGCUGGACCUCCCAUUUCCUGGAUGUCUACCCUUGGUCAUGCCCUGUGCUGGACACUAAGGAUUCAGGGCAUGACCGUGCCUUGCUUCAGGGCAGAGGGAUCACAGACAGAAAUUCUGAAAGUGCUCACUGCUGCCAAGGACAGGAGCCGAACCUCUAUGGACUCAAACCUACAGGCGUCUGGGGAAGUCCCACAGACUUGGCUGUGCCUUCCCUGUCCCUCCCACCUCCACCCUGACCUUACCCUGCAUGGUCAUCUUGGUCUAUUCCCCUAGUGGCCCCAGCUUACCUGGGCUGGGCAUCCAGGUGCCUUCCACCCAAACUCCAAGCAAGGGGAGAGGACUUAAAAAAAAAAAAAGGCACGGGGAGUGCUAUUUGUUACCCAGUUACCCCAGAGACUGAGGUUUCGAGUACCCAAAGUCUCUCUCAUUCUCACCUGGGCACUAGGUCCCUUUUGUGGAGCAGGGCAUCUCAGGCUCAGUGGGCCAGGGCUGGUCUCUGUCUCCACAUCCCCCAUACUUGGCUCACACACAGCCCUGCAGGUAGGGUCAGCAGGCCAGGUUGCUUGUUGGGAUGCAAGAGAGGCCUGUUGGUGACCCAUCGCUUUCUCUGAGGAAUGGAAGGAGGAGGAGCUAGAGAGGGCAGGGGUGAGCUAUGUACAUUACAGUGGUGGUCGAAACAGGCCCCUGCCCUUGUGGAGGUCGCGAUCUAGUGGAGGAGGGAUGACAGGAAUGUAGAGUGCUGGGAGGACAAGUAUCAUGGACUUGCUGCAUUAGAGCAAAGGAGUUAGGAAGGCAUUUGCUGGGAAGUGUGGUUUGAGCUCAGAGGUAGGGACUAACUAGGAGUUAGGCAGAGAAAGGAGGUGAGACAGUGAAGGGAGGAGAAGAAAUCGAUCUAUCCUUUAUCCAUGGGAGGCUGGGGCUAAGGCUUUCCCACUAUCUUGUUCAACACAAGGCAGGCUGGUAGGUGGGUAAGAAAUUAUACGCUCUCAAGUAAGACUAGCAGAUUUCUAAUCCUGUCUCUGCCAAUUCCUGCCUUUGUGGCCCUGGGCAAUUUACGUAUCUCUUGGCUUCAGAUAGCUAGUGGGGCACGAUUGAUAGAUUCAAGCUGAAGAGAAAGAGAAUUAGUCACACUUAAAAAUGGGUGGAGAGUAGUAGAAAGAUUUAGGAGAGAGAAUUAACCCUGGUGAUAAUUGGAGUUGAUUGGUGAGGGAGUGGUCAAGGAUGACUCCCGGUUUGUAGCUUGUGUUACAAGUAACAGGAGAAUGAACAACUUCGUUAAUUUAUUUUUCUCUUUUUUAUUGUGAUACUUAUUAUAUGUGCAAAAAAUAUUUUGUAUGUAUACGAUUUAAAUAAUAAAAAAACA